AUGAAACCUUCCGAAUCCAUCGCUUCGGCUUCAAGCAGCAACCUUUCAGACGACUCCACUUUGAGAGAUGAGACGUCCACUAUUUCCACAACACUGACCACAGCUUCCGUCAACUCUGACAACAGCGUGGAUCAUGAUCUCGACAAACUCAUUUCCGAAAGACAUUCAAAAAUCAUAACCACAUGUCAUAAAGAUUCCGAGCACGAUCCAGACCAUCACAGCAAAUUUGCCACUUGGUUAGGAUUAUUGAAAAAGUUUAUCGGCGUAAAAGACAUCGUGUCAAUGCGUAUUUCGCUGCCAGCACAAUUGAUCGAGCCUAUUGGUAACUUGGAAUAUUGGAAUUAUAACGACAGGCCUGAUUAUUUUGUAUG